AAUGAAACCCAACAAUAUGUGAUAUUGGUCACCCCUGCCUAAGGGGGAAAGGGGCCCCCAGAGAGUUUACCUCCAUCUAUGAUGUUUUUCAUAGUAAGAGAACAGUCUUUACGAUUGUGUGAUGAUGAAAUGAGUUAAUAUUUUAAAAGCUCUUAGAACACUGUGUGGUAUACAGUAAGCACUACAUAAGGGUUUGUUACAACAAAUAUAAUAAAAUGAAAAUGUUUUCUGGGAUACAAAUGGUUAUUCUUAAAAUGAAACCAGGAAUAAAAGAAAUAAUAAGAAGAAAUAUACAAAGUAUUAUGUCUUGUGACUUUCCAUUCAAACCUCUGUGUAUUAGAUACAUGAAUAUAUCCUUAUAGAAAUAUAGACUUUCUGAGUACACGUUUUUACAUAAAUGUGUCAUAAUAGGCAUAUUAAAAAAAAAACAAACAAACAAAACCUGCUCUCGUUGAAGUACAGCAGUGACAGAACAGAGAAUCACGGGUCUAGAGACCGAAAGAUCAGGGAGAUAGAGAGCCCGCUGGGCGACUGGGGGUGGGGGCCUGCAGCACCGGAAACCUCAGCCUGAAGGGAUCCCCAUGUGGGGGAGGGGGGACCUUUGGUCUCUCCCCAGCCUCUUCCUUCCCCCUGGCCUGGGGCUGGGUGGGGAGGGGCAGUUCCUCUUUCCUUCCCAAGCACAGAGGAGGCCCAAGCUCCCAAGGGGCUAAGAAGCUGGACACUUGGUGGGGGGGAAGAACUGAGCCAGACUCUUGCAAGACCCCCUCCCCCCACCAGGAAACAUGAACAGGAAAGACAGCAAGAGGAAGUCCCACCAGGAAUGCCCAGGAAAGACAGGGGGCCGGAGCCGGCCCCGACAGGCCCGGCGCCACAAGACGUGCCCCAGCCCCCGGGAAAUCAGCAAGGUCAUGGCUUCCAUGGCUUUGGGCAUGCUGAACGAGGGCGACUGCAGUGAAGACGAACUGCUGGAGAAAUGCAUUCAGUCCUUCGACUCAGCUGGCAGCCUGCGCCGUGGGGACCACAUUCUCAACAUGGUACUGGCCAUGCACAGCUGGGUGCUGCCUUCUGCCCACCUCGCUGCCCGUCUGCUGACCUUGUACCAGGAGGCCACAGGGAACACACAAGAGCAGAGGCGGCUGCAGAUCUGUCACCUGGUCAGAUACUGGCUGACCCAACACCCUGAGACGGUACACCAAGAGCCUCAGUUAGAAGAGGUUAUAGGUCGCUUCUGGGCCACUGUGGAGCAGGAGGGCAACUCUGCCCAGAGGAGCCUGGGAGACUCCUCCAACCUGCUGAGCCCAGGUGGCCCUGGCCCCCCACCCCCCAUGAACAGCCCAGGCCUAGGCAAAAAGCGCAAAGUGUCCUUGCUUUUCGACCACCUGGAGACGGGGGAGCUGGCUCAGCAUCUCACUUAUCUGGAGUUCCGGUCCUUCCAGGCCAUCACGCCCCAGGACCUGCGGGGCUACGUUUUGCAGGGCUCCGUGCGGGGCUGCCCGGCCCUGGAGGGAUCCGUAGGGCUCAGCAACAGCGUGUCCCGCUGGGUGCAGGUCAUGGUGCUGAGCCGUCCCGGGCCGGCACAGCGCGCGCAGGUUCUGGACAAGUUCAUCCAGGUGGCACAGAGGCUCCACCAGCUCCAGAAUUUCAACACACUGAUGGCCGUCACGGGGGGCCUGUGUCACAGUGCCAUCUCCAGACUCAAGGACUCCCAUGCCCACCUGAGCCCUGACAGCACCAAGGCCCUGCUAGAGCUGUCUGAGCUGCUUGCUGCCCAUAACAACUACGCGCGCUACCGCCGCACCUGGGCUGAAUGCACGGGCUUCCGGCUGCCCGUACUGGGCGUGCACCUCAAAGACCUGGUGUCCCUGCACGAGGCACAGCCCGACAGGUUGCCUGAUGGCCGCCUGCACCUACCCAAACUCAACAGCCUCUACCUGCGGCUGCAGGAGCUGGCGGCCCUCCAGAGGCAGCACCCGCCGUGCAGCGCCAGCGAGGACCUGCUGCACCUGCUCACGCUUUCCCUGGAUCUCUUCUACACAGAGGAUGAGAUCUAUGAGCUUUCUUACGCCCGCGAGCCCCGCUGUCCCAAGAGUCUGCCACCCUCCCCCUUCAAAGCACCCCUGGUGGUGGAGUGGGCCCCUGGCGUGACACCCAAGCCCGACAGGGCCACCCUGGGUCGGCACGUGGAGCUGCUGGUGGAGUCUGUGUUCAAGAAUUAUGACCCUGAAGGCCGAGGAACCAUCUCUCAGGAGGACUUUGAGCGACUCUCAGGCAAUUUCCCCUUCGCCUGCCAUGGGCUUCACCCACCCCCCCACCAGGGGAAUGGCUCCUACAGCCGAGAAGAGCUGACGGGCUACCUGCUCCAGGCCAGUGCCAUCUGCUCCAAGCUGGGCCUGGCCUUCCUGCACAACUUCCAGGAGGUCACCUUCCGCAAGCCCACCUUCUGUGAUAGCUGCAGUGGUUUUCUCUGGGGUGUCACCAAGCAAGGCUACCGCUGUCGGGACUGUGGGCUGUGUUGCCACAAACACUGCAGGGACCGUGUGAAGGUGGAGUGUAAAAAGAGGCCAGGGGCCAAGGGCGACAUGAGCCCCCCCGGAGCCCCCGUCCCACCCAUACCGGUUCCCCACGCCAGCUGUGGCUUGGAAGACAAUCUCUCCUACACACUAUCCCUGGAACCUGAGACAGGGUGCCACCUUUGCCAUGCUUGGACCCAGACAGAGCCCCCACACCCUUCCUGGGAACCAGAGACGGUGCCCCUCCCAACGACGGCCUCACCGCCCGCCCAGUCCUCCAAGCUGAAUUCCUAGACCCUGCUUGGUCUGUUGUCUCUCACCUCCCCCAGAGUCAGUCCCAAGUCCUGUGAUUCGGCCUCCAGCAGGACCCCCAAA